AUAAAAUGAACAGCAAACUAUCAACCAAAAAGCCCCUAAAUUCUUCAAAAAUCUGGAAUGAAGCAUUUGAUCUUAAUUCAUUCGAAGAGAUACAGCAGUAUUGGGAGACCACUUUGAAUACACCUUCUGCUAGCCUCCAAAAGAAGGCUUGGAAGGAAGCCUUUAAGAGCAUUCUCAUAAUCGAGAAAAGAAUUUAUGAUUCUAUGAUACUAAAGAAACAUAAUGGAAAUAUUUAUCAGUGGAUUCUUGAAGGGAUCGAUUCACUUCACAAAUAUAAUAAGUGGUGAGACGGAACAGAUAUAAGCCAGGAAGAGAUUGAGAAGAGUACUAGAUAUGCCCUGAAGAUCCUGAACACCCUCCAGAAGUUGCUUGAUACUCGUUUUGUAGAUUUGAGUCUUGAUGAAGAGUUAUUGAAAAUUUUAAUCCAGCUUGAAAGUUACUUUAAUAAUAUGAGAAUGCUCAUCUUCGAUCAGAUUCAGCCAAUAGAGUUCUCAAGUCAAAGUUUGACAGAUAAUAAAGAUGCUGUUUCUCCUAACAAGCUCUGUAUGCAGUCACUAAAUACUCCGAAAGUUAAAGAACAGAAGGCUGACUUCAAUUCACUUACAACAGAGAAGCAGAUAUCCUCGCACAAUAAUCACCAAUCUAAUAAAAUAUUCGACAAAGCCGAAGGAAAUGGCUGUAUAGAAGUACCUGAAGAGGAAUAUUAUCUCACAAAUAAUUUACCUUGAAAAGAAAGAGAAUAUCAGAAAUCAUAUGGCAAAAAGAAAAAUACAAACGAGAUAGAGUCUCAGAAAUUUCAUCCCAAUUCAGACAUUUUUGCUCAUACAGCAUCUAAUCAAAAUUGAGAAGAAUGAAGAUUUAUUCCCAAUAAUCUUAUUUCUAAAAUGCGAAAUAAAAAUUGAUUAAGAAAUUCAAAAAAUCUGACAAAUUCUGAUGAUGAUUCCCAAAGUGUUAUGUCUGAUAUCACAAAGCAUACAGAACGCUCUGUUGAGAAGACUAGUCCAAUAUCUUCCGACCCUGAACCUAAGAAAUAUCUGACCCGCUUCAGCAUCAGAGAGAACAAAAGGAUAUUUGGACCAAGGAUAAAAAUCCGUGAAGAAAAGAAUACUUUUAAAAGUUUCUACAAAAGAAGGAUGGUUACUACUGAUUUCGAGUUUAAUCCCCGAUUUGAUGAGCCAAAGAAGCAGAAAAGGAAGCCCCGAACCCCCUUACCUCCUCCUAGUCAUGCUUCCUCCUUCCACAUGGGGCUACGUAAGAGACAAAUGAAGGAAUCUGCUGUCAAGUCACGAGAGAUACAGAAGCAGACGUCCGGGAUCCUAAAGCCAGAUCCUUUAAAGAGCAAAUUCUGGUAA